AUGAAGGCAGCAGGGGACGGCACGGUCGACGCGGCGUGGGGCAACAGCGGAGCGCGGCGAUGGGACGGGCUGGCAACGCUGCGCAAGGCGGUUCUGGUGCGGCCGAUGGGCUCGGUCGACGCGGCGGCCGAGGCGGGGCGGGCAGGCGGAGCAGGGGCCGGCGAGGCCGACAACGGGUGCGUGGCGGCGGACGGGGCGGUCCUCGGUGGCGAGGAGUGCGUGCUGCUACAGGUGGCACGGAGCGGGACGCCAAAGGUGGUGCGCGGCGUGGCGGCGGUGGCGAGGUGGCGGGCUGUCGCCGCCUGGGAGCCGGCGUACCUGGCGAGUCAUGUCGCCGCCCGCCGCCUGCCGGCCGUCCGCAUGGCCCGCGGCCCGGUCAUGCGCUACUACAACGCACUGCGGGACGGGGCGUCCUUCCAGGACAUGCCGGCCGUUGCUGCCGCCCAUGCUGCCUCUGCGUACCGUGUGGAUGACGUGCCCAAGGAUGCCUUCUUUGCCUCGCUGCGCAUGGGCGGCGGCGAGGGGAGCGACGGCGGCGAGGGGAGCGACGGUGGCGAGCCGGAAGAGCCGCGCAUCGACGACUCGGGCACGUGGGCGUACUACGGCAACUCGCUGCAGGCGCUCGGUCCUGUGCUGAUGGGCGAUGUCGAGCCCGUGGAUCAGUUUGUGGUCCGCAACGCGACGUACGAUCCGGCGACGGCGCACGGCUUCCGCAAGACACAGAUGUGGAUCGGCCGCAACGGAACGGUCACGCCGUUGCACUACGACUCGUCGUACAACUUUCACGUUGUUGUCGCCGGCCGCAAGACCGCAGUCGUCUUCCCACCCUCGGCCUGGUCCGCCCUUGGCCUCUUCCCGCAUCUCCAUCCGCGGGCCAAGCAGGCCCGAACCGAGCUGUACUACCCGGGCGCCGGGCGCGUUGCGCCGUCUGCCGCUGAGCGGCGGGCGCUUGGCGGAGUCAUGGGCUUUGAGGCCGAGCUGGAGGCCGGCGACGUGCUGGCCAUUCCGCCGUUCUGGGGCCACGCGUUCAUCACCACCUCGCCAGUGGCCAUCUCGGUCAACGUGUGGACUAACUACCUCGACAUCCACCUGCUUCCGCAGAUCAUGGCCGUGCCCAUUCCCAUGAUCAGGGCCGAUCCGGCGUCUCCGGCGGCAGUCCUCUCGAUGCGGCUCUUCAUCCGCGUACUUGUUGCCAUUGCCCACGACGGUAACGGUGACGACACCUUUUUCCGCUCGCUGUACGACCAGCGCUACGCCCCGGUCGCGCACGAGUUGUCGUGGGCGGCCAACGUGGCCGCUAAUGCGAGCAGCAGCAUCAGCGAUGCUGCCAUCAACGGCCAAGCAGCUGCCGCGUCUGAUGGCACCCGCCCACCUCGCACCACUCGCACUUUCUGCGAAGAGGCGCUCUCCGCCAUGCCGCCUGCCACCUGCCGCGCCAGCUGGCUCCGCGAAGGCGACGACGCCGCCGCGGUAUGCGACGGGCCCGACUUGGCCGCCGACGAGCUCUUUGCCACGCUCCGCCAUCCGUUCAUUGAGACUGCGUCCACAAUCAAGAGCCUCAUCGACGACGCCGUCCCCGGCGGCGUCCGCUCGUCCUCGGGCCUUAUUGUGCUCGGCAACGUGGUCGAGACGCUUGCCCUCACCGCUGUUGACGGCGACGUCUACGAUGUCGCGCCGUUUCUCCAUGAUCUGGCGUACUGCUAGUGUGGAAAGCAUUUAAUGGCGAGUGGAGCGCGGAUCACUCGCGGAGGUUCUUGCGCCGCUUUCUGCUUCCGGAGGUGAUGCUCGAAGUGGGCGCGUCGAACUCGUUGUCGAACUCGUCAUCGAGCUCGUCGUCGACCCAAACCCGGCGCUGGGCCAUGUGCCACAGCCUGUUGAGCGCGACAGCAAUCGAGUCGCUGUCGUUGGCAUUGUCGUAGCCAAAGUACCGACCGAGGUUGGUGAGCCAGCGGACGCCAAGGGCAAGCCGGCGAUCACGCGGGACCGCGGCCCAGAUGGCGUGGUAGACGGUCUGGAGUGUGGCAUCGGGGUGCGUGACACUUUGCAGGUGUGCGGUCCAGGAGUACGGCAAAUUGUUGCGCGCGUCGAGAAUGUCCGUGAGC